GCUUCGCUCUGGGACCCGGCUCGGGACGGUGUCCGCCCCCGGCCCCCGCCUGCGCACUCCGGGUCGCGGCGCGCGGUCCUCGGGGAGCACCGGCCCUUGAGCCUCAUAUCUGCCCCGGCUCCAUGGAUGCGCAAGGAGGGAGGGGCGGGCCGGACGAGUUCGGGACGCGCGGGGCGAGGAACCGUCCUAACCCCUGGCCAGGCCGGCACAACCUCUCGCUGCCCAAAAGCGCUUUGAGUUUUAGGCACUAUUUGGCCUAGAAGGAUGCCAUAAAGUUAGGCAAAUCUGGAGUCUAAUUUCAGACGCAGGGCAUUGGGGGGCUCGAAGUGGGGCGGGGGGAGCGUGUCAAGGAGCAGCCCCGGCCCACGCGGUGAGCGUCGGAUCUUUGCAAGCGGAGCGGCCUUGGGGAGAACUUUCUUCCGCCAUUUGCCGACACGUCCCAGGGCCUGGGGUUUCACCUGCCCCGAAAUUCGCCUCCCACUGCCUUUGGGAAAACGUCAGGGAGCCUCUGCGCGGGGCGCUAGUGACGGCAAACUGCCCGGCACUGCAACCCGGGAAGUAUCCCUCAUUAUCUCGGCCAGUCCAGGGCCUCGUAGCUGGGCGCGGAAAGCCCUAGACCUCGAACUUCUGCCCCACCUUCCAGAAGGGGGACCCACAGCCUGGGAGGCGCGGCGCCUUUAAGGACCCCGCCCACUCCGUCAGAAAGCUGGGCUGUCGCUUAGCAACAGGACGCCGCGCGGACCCUCGCGGCCCACGGGAGGAGAGGCUGUUUCCUGCCUGCUCUUUCUUCGCCGAAAGCCUCGGGUGGACUCAGGCGAGAUGUCCGAGGAGAACCCCCAGGAGUGCACGGAGCCGGGGGAGCCCGAGGCCACGGCCUCCCCGGAGAAAACCAGCGACUACUACCGUGUAAGCGAGGACCUGCCCGCCAGGUUCAACAACCCCGCGUGGUUUCGGGGCUACAGGACCAAGGAGCCCCCCUCAGUGUACAGGACCAGCAACCAAGCUUACGGGAGCAGAGCCCCCACUGUGCAUGAGAUGCCGAAGGUAUUUUAUCCAAAUUCGCAUAAAUUUUCUAGACAACUUGCGGCGGGUGGAAUGUUCCAGAACAAUACUUUCAACGUCUACAUGGAGAAGAGCAUCGUGACGGGUCCCGACAACUACAUCACCUCCUACGACCGCCUCAACUUCCACCCCAGCUACAGGGUCAACAAGCCCUCCAUCUGUGAUUGAGGGCCCUCGGCCCCAGCGGUCCUCAGCUCUCGUCGGUGACAACUUGCCCCGUCGUAACGGGCACACUUCACUGCUGGCCCUGAAAAUACUUUUCCUGGAUUAGAAAAAUACGCCCGCGGAGCUGCGGUGCCCUCCUUUCUCCGUUCCGCGUCUCAGGUGGAAAAGAGCGAAUAGCGUGACUUUCCAUUAAAACCCCUGCCACAUCCUGGGCUCCCGACUCCUCUGUGAUCAAGGAGCCGGGCCGUGGGCUCCUGGGGCCCUGAUCUCUGCCUGAACGCUGGGGAUGCCCCGAGAGCCCCGCCUGCGUCUUUAUUUGGGAGUCCUUUUUAUAGCUGUGACACUUCUGGAGGCGUUCUGUUCUCAAGCAUCCCGCCUGGCCUUGGAGGGAGGGGAGGGUGUGGCUGAGGUUGGGGAAGGAAGCGGAGCAGACCCGGGAGGAAAGCUCCAGGCAGGAGCACCCCGACCCCGGCCGACCUUGGGUGACCUUGAGCAUCAUCUGACCACAAAUAAAGGCCGGAAGGGAGGCAGAACAAAGAGCCGAGGCUGGGGAGCCGCUCAUGGUUGAGAGGUGAUGUGUACAUGGGGGUCUUCAUUUUACUUUAUCAAUAAAAUGUUCAAAAAAA